UGCUGUCUGAUGCAAUAUACAACUAGGGACAGUGAGGACGCGUUUGUACUGUUGCCAGGCUGUGGGUGUUGUGCCAGCCCCGGUUAUCCGGCAGUCAGCACCCCGCUGGCGCCGCCCUGCCUCUCCCCCUCCCUCGCCUCAUCGUCCCCGCCGGUGCGCAGCUCCGGCUCUCGCGAUAGAGAUAGCGAACAGGCUGGUCCCGACAUGGCGGAAGAGGAGGUGGCCAAGCUGCAGAAGCACCUGGCUCUGCUGCGGCAGGAGUACGUGAAAAUGCAACAGAGGCUGGUGGAGACGGAGAGGAAGUGCGCCAUGCUGGCAGUGCAGGCCAAACAAGAGAACGCCAGCGAGUCCUUCAUCAGCCGCCUGCUCGCCAUCGUGGCAGAUCUGUACCAGCAGGACCAGUACAGUGACUUGAAGGUUAAGGUGGGGGAUGAACAGCUCAGCGCUCACAAGUUUGUCUUGGCAGCACACACUGAGAGCUGGAGCCUGGCUAAUCUGGCAGCCACCACAGAACUAGACCUUUCAGAUGCCAAGCCGGAGGUUGCCAUGGCGAUGCUGCGCUGGGUGUACACAGACAACUUGGAGCUGAAAGAAGAUGAUGUGUUCCUGACUGAUCUCAUGAAGCUGGCCAAUCGCUUUCAGCUGCAUCUCCUCAGGGAAAGGUGUGAGAAAGGGGUGAUGUCGCUGGUCAAUGUCCGGAACUGCAUUCGCUUCUACCAGACAGCCGAGGAGCUCUGUGCCAGCACUCUGCUGAAUUACUGUGCGGAGAUCAUUGCCAGUCACUGGGACGACCUUCGCAAGGAUGAUUUCAGCAGCAUGAGUGCCCAGCUGCUGUACAAGAUGAUCAAAUCCAAGACGGAAUUCCCACUGCACAAAGCUAUCAGACUGGAGAGGGAAGACGUGGUGUUCCUCUACCUCAUUGAGAUGGAUUCCCAGUUACCUGGGAAAGUGAAUGAACUGGACAGCAAUGGAGAUCUAGCCCUGGACCUGGCUCUCUCGCGCCGGCUGGACAGCAUUGCCUCCACCCUCGUCAAUAGCAAAGCUGACGUGGACAUGGUUGACCAGCAUGGCUGUAGUCUGCUUCACAAGGCUAUCCAGAGAGGGGAUGAGUUUGCCUCCACAUUCCUGAUCCGCCACUCUGCCCAGGUGAACGCGGCGACCGUGCCCGCUGUGGAGACCCCUCUGCACCUCGUCUGCUCCUACAGCCCCAAGAAGCACUCCGCCGAGGUGAUGGCAGGUGUGGCCCGCAUCGCAGAGGCCCUGCUGAAGGCCGGCGCCAACCCCAACAUGCAGGACAGCAAAGGGAGGACGCCUCUACAUGCAGCAGUGCUUUCAGGAAAUGAACCUGUGUUUAACCAGCUACUGCAGUGCAAACAGCUAGAUCUGGAGCUGAGAGACCAGGAGGGGAGCACAGCGCUGUGGCUGACCCUGCAGUACAUCACUGUCUCCUCGGACCAGUCUGUGAACCCCUUCCAUGACGUCCCGGUGGAAAACGGCACCUCCUUCGAUGAGAACAGCUUUGCAGCCAGGCUGAUCCAGAGAGGCAGCAACCCGGAUGCUCCAGACACCUCCACAGGAAACUGCCUCCUGCAAAGAGCAGCCAUGGCAGGGAACGAGGCUGCCACCCUCUUCCUAGCCACACACGGGGCGAAAGUCAACCACACCAACAAAUGGGGUGAGACCCCUCUCCACACGGCUUGUCGAAACGGGCUGGCGAACCUCACAGCAGAGUUACUGCAGCAGGGGGCCAACCCCAACCUCCAGACCGAGCAGCCACUGCCAGGGGACAGCGGGGCGUCUCCAGAGCAAGGGCAGGGUGUCUACCUGCAGAGCCCUCUGCACAUGGCCAUUGUUUACAACCACCCCGACGUCGUGUCAGUCAUACUGGAACAAAAAGCUAAUGCACUUCAUGCCACUAAUAACCUGCAGAUCAUCCCAGACUUCAGUCUGAAAGACUCCAUGGACCAGACUGUCUUGGGCCUUGCACUCUGGACAGGGAUGCACACAAUUGCAGCUCAGCUGCUCGGCUCUGGCGCUUCCAUCAAUGACACCAUGUCUAAUGGACAGACUCUGCUGCACAUGGCUAUCCAGAGGCAGGACAGCAAGAGUGCUCUCUUCCUGCUGGAGCACCAGGCUGACAUCAAUGUCAGGACCAGCGACAGGGAGACGGCCCUGCAGCUGGCCAUCAGUAACCAGCUCCCCCUAGUGGUGGAUGCGAUCUGUACACGGGGCGCUGACAUGUCUGUGCUGGAUGAGAAAGGGAACCCUGCCCUCUGGCUAGCUCUGGAGAAGGGGCUGGAGGACAUUGCAUCUACUCUGGUGAGGCAUGGCUGUGACGCCACCUGCUGGAGUCCUGGCCCUGGUGGGUGUCUGCAGACUCUCUUGCAUCGAGCCAUUGAUGAAAACAACGAGAGCAUGGCCUGCUUCCUCAUUCGCAGUGGCUGUGAUGUGAACAGCCCCAGGAGGCCUGGUCCCAAUGGAGAGGGGGACGAGGAGGCCCAUGAUGGGCAGACCCCGCUGCACCUGGCUGGGAGCUGGGGCCUGGAGGAGGUGGUGCAGUGCCUCCUGGAGUUCGGAGCCAACGUCAAUGCACAGGAUGCUGAAGGCAGAGCCCCAGUCCAUGUUGCCAUUAGCAACCAACACAAUGUGAUCAUCCAGCUCCUGAUCUCUCACCCGGAUAUCAGGCUCAACAUGCGGGACCGGCAGGGAAUGACCCCCUUUGCCUGCGCCAUGACCUUCAAGAACAAUAAGGCUGCAGAGGCCAUUCUCAAACGAGAGGCUGGAGCGGCAGAGCAGGUGGACAAUAAGGGGCGGAACUUCCUCCACGUGGCGGUGCAGAACUCUGACAUCGAGAGCGUGCUUUUCCUGAUAAGCGUCCAGGCCAACGUGAACUCCCGAGUGCAGGACGCUGCAAAGCAGACCCCCCUCCACCUGGCAGUUCAGGCCGGCUCGGAGAUCAUCGUCAGAAACCUGCUCCUGGCCGGUGCCAAGGUGACGGAGUUGACGAAGCACCGGCAGACAGCACUGCACCUGGCAGCCCAGCAGGACCUGCCCACCAUCUGCUCCGUGCUGCUGGAGAACGCAGUCGACUUUGCAGCGGUGGACGAGAACGGAAACAACGCCCUGCACCUGGCAGUGAUGCAUGGCCGUCUGAACAACGUGAGGUCACUCCUGACAGAGUCCAACAUCAACGCAGAGGCUUUCAAUCUCAGGGGUCAGUCACCGAUGCACAUCCUGGGACAGUACGGGAAGGAGAAUGCAGCUGCCAUAUUCGAGCUGUUCCUGGAAUGCAUGCAGGAGUACCCCCUGGAUAAACAGGACAACGAGGGGAACACAGUGCUCUUGCUGGCGUACAUGAAAGGAAACGCUAACCUGUGCCGUGCCAUUGUGAGGGCCGGGGCUCGACUUGGCAUCAACAAUAACCAGGGAAUCAACAUCUUCAACUACCAGGUGGCCACCAAGCAGCUGCUUUUCAGACUCCUGGAUAUGCUGUCUAAAGAACCCCCAUGGUGUGACGGGUCCUACUGUUAUGAGUGUCUCGCAAAGUUUGGAGUUACCACAAGGAAACAUCACUGCCGGCACUGCGGUCGUCUGCUCUGUCACAAGUGCUCCGUGAAGGAGAUUCCCAUCAUCAAGUUCGAUCUGAACAAGCCGGUGCGGGUGUGUGACAUCUGCUUCGACGUGCUGACCCUGGGGGGGGUGUCGUAGUGCCGGCCCCUUCGCCGUGGAGCACUGGCCAGCGAGCGCCCUUCCAACAUCCUUCCAACACCCAGGCAAAAACUAGGACCACAUUUCAAUGGUAUUCCAGUCUAGACUUUAUAAUUAAACUACAUUAUAAAUGUGUUAGCGGACUUCCAGUAGAAUUGAAAUAGCGAUUAAUUCAUUAAAAGACAAAAAAGGGUCAGGGCCCUUGGAAGCCCAGAACAGGGUUGUCAGGGUGGAGUUAAUUGGCACCCGAUCUUAUUAAUUAACAGUAAUUAGCAAUCAUGAAAUCUGUAAGUAAUCGUAACCCUGGUGGCAUGACCUGGCUAAAGCCUUAAAGCAUUCCUGCUGACGAUUCUUGGGUAACUCUCGCCAAUACAAAUCUGUAGUUCCAUUGAGGAGCUGAUUUCCUAGACUGUAGAAUCAAAAGCUGGGACUGCUGGUCUGCUUUAAUAAUUUACACAAGAAGUAGCUGCCGAUGCAAGGGAAUGGGAAUGUUUGAGCUACCGGUUUAGAGAUCCUUACCUUACUCUGUGCGUGUUUUUACAAGGUAUUCUGCUCAUUGCUUACACAUGUAUAAGAUCUAUGUUAAUUAGCCUACGCCAAUUUGCGAUGUGGCUUGCCCAGUGUAUCCAUGCAACUGUUUUAAUUGCCAAAAUUAUGAAUAACUAUAGUUACAAAACUUUCUUUCCAUUGCUAACUAUAGGUGUUUCAGGCAAAUUCAUGGUUCAGCAUGGUAUACUUACAAAAGGGAUUUUAAUGCUAAGUUGCCUUUUUACAAGGGGGUUUUACAGGUUUUAAGGAGAGACACAGGUAUGCCAGGGGAAAAUGACCCUUUGGGGGGAGGGAUGUCAUGGUUUGCACCUUGCAUUACAGAGAGUGCCACAGAGUGCAUUUCUGAUCACAUUGAACACCUAUAGGCUUGCUGUGACUGUGCCCAUUACACUGCAUGGCUCCAGCCACGCCGCCCUCUUCUACGGGGUCUACUGGAGCCAAGUUGUUUAAAUGCGGAUCUGUUUCCCGUCAUAUCCAGGAACAAGUCAAGCAAGUUAACUGACUUACUUUUGCAGUAAUAAUACUAUAAUAAUUAUACAAUUAACUUAGCUGACGUAGGAAAAUGUGUCUCUGGUGUUUUUCUCAUCUGAUCGUCCUGUACAACUUUGUUUUCCAAAUUGUGUCCAACUUGGCUGAAGUGACAUUCGUAGCAGGGACCGUGUUUUAUAGGCAGCAUGCACUCUUGUAUUGUAUCUGGUACCACUGCACAGAGCUGUCCUAAGCUUUAAGUACAAGAGACUCUCUCUGCUCAGUGCUGAUGGAAGAGUGUUUCCCCUAUAGCAAUUCAGCAGUUGUAACAAUUGUAAGAUCUAUGGAGAUUGGGCUUCAGAUUUUAGUUACAGCACAACCCUAUACAGCUAACUUUAAUCUACUGACGGUAUAUUGUGUAAACUGUUAUGGAUUUCUCACUUUAUAGGACUAAUUAACAAGGGCACUGUAGUAAUUAUGGAUAUGACACUAGGUGCUCUGUAGAUUGUUUUAUGGGGGGGGGGGGGGGGGUUGGCACUAGAUAUUGUUAAAUUGUACAGAUAAAUGUAAAAUAUUUUUUCGACCACUACAGCUGUUUUGUACUUUUAAUGCAGUUUGUGUCUGAUAUUAUUUUUUUUUUUGCAACUGUGACAAACCUUAAUCUUGCAUCUGUUGCUCUUUUAUGCACAUUGUAACGCCUGCUGCUUCCAUUAAAAGGCAUAAUGGAUA